AUGCCUUUCUCUAGAUCAUAUAUAGAUACUAGAAUUGAUUCAACAAAUAGAAUACCCCAACAAAAUAAUCAUAAUAUUAAUGUUAGACCUACAUAUACUAAAAAUGGAAAAAUAAUAAGAAAAUGGAGAUAUCAUGAAGGUAGAAAUCGUUUUUUUUGUGAUGGAAGAAUAUUUAUGUCAAAAGAGGUUUCACUUCUAUUUUUAACAUUAUUUCUUAUAAUUACUGUCACCGGAUUAUUUCUUGGUUUUGAUGGGCCUUAUUUAUUUAAAAAUGUCUCACCAGCCAUACCAAUUAUUGUUUGUAUAUUAUUUAUUUUUGUAAUUACAUGUUUAUUAAAAACUUCUUUAACUGAACCUGGUAUUAUUCCUAGGGCAAGUUCUAGAGAAGUUAUUGAAAUAGACCGCCAAUCUGAGGAAGCCGGAUUAGGGAGAAAUGUUAGGCAACCAAAGACUGUUGUUAUUAAUGGAAUACAUUUUAAGUUGAAAUAUUGUAAUACUUGUAGAAUAUAUCGUCCCCCCAGAUCUAGUCAUUGUUCAAUAUGUGAUAAUUGUAUUUUAAAUUUUGAUCACCAUUGUCCAUGGGUUGGAAAUUGUGUUGGAUUACGAAAUUAUAGAUAUUUCUAUUUUUUUAUUGUAUCAUUAGCAAUAUUAGAUUUAUUAAUUUUAGGUAGUUCUAUAACACAUAUUGCCUUAGUUUCAAGUGCUAAAAAAGCUUUUAUUGAAAGUGUAAAAGAAACUCCUGUAUCAAUAUUUAUUUCUGGAACAUGUUUCCUAUCUAUGUGGUCUAUAUUAGGAUUAUCUGGUUUUCAUACAUAUCUUUUAGCAACAGCACAAACAACCAAUGAAGACAUCAAAGGAACUUUUGAUAAAAAAUUAAGGCCUGGAACUAAAAAUCCUUUUUCACAAGGAAAUAUAUUUGUUAACUAUUUUAGUGCAUUAUGUAGUCCGGAACCUGUCUCAAUGUUAGAUGCUCGAGGAAUCUAUGAUCCAUACUCAACAAUAACUUCAAUCUCAAAUUUACCUGUUUUUAUGCCAACACUAACAAUCAGUAAUGAGAGUGAAGAGAUAUCAGGAAUUCAAACUAUCUCUUCUAAUCCUUUAAAUUCAGUCUAUUUAACUCCAGAAUCAUCAAUAAAUAAUACUGAAAGCUCAAGACAUAACAAUGGAUUACAAAAACAUUAUAGUAAUGGAACGAAAAAAAGUGGUAUUAAAAAAAAUUCAUUUAAUCAAAAAAUUACAAAAGUUAAUUAUAAUUGUAAUGAGGAGUAUCCUCCACCAAUAGAAAUAAGAGUUUAG